UCCAACAUGGCCAUCGGCAUGGACUCCCCCUCCAAACAAAACACAUACAAGUCUUUGACCAACUCCCAAUUCRCUCGCCGCCUUCCCUACCCCUAUUCCGUGGCCCACUCAACUUUCAUUGCUGUUGGUCAAACACUCAUUCAUCAUCGAGGAUCCCUACUUCACAGUAUAGUACUUUCUUUUCAACUCACCCACCUCCUUCGCAGCCAGCCAGCCAGCCAGCCACCAACUAUCUUUCAAGCUGUGCCCAUAGCCAUUAUUUUUAAAAAACACCCCAUGCCAAGGUCAUCAUUCUAUAUGGAUUUUAAGACAAGCGAUUCCUGCACACUUUUGUCAUUGAAAUGUAUGUAUAUCUUUAAUCUUCAUAACUCUUUCUCAGCAUAUUGAGUGCCACAUCUUUAAUUCCUGCAAACCUUU